CGAUAAGGCCGUUCACCGGCGAUAAUAAUUUUUCCCCAGAAGAAGCAGCGGCUAAACAUCGCAUAUGUCCUUUCCUUGAAUACCCUCUGCGCCAUGUCUGAAAAUGCUGGAGAAGCUGCUCUACUCAGCGAUCUAUGCUCGAUAUGCCACAUGAACCCCCCAAAGUAUCGCUGCCCGCGCUGCUCAACCCGGACAUGUUCCCUUCCUUGCUCGCGACGUCAUAAGCUCUGGUCGCAGUGCUCCGGGGUACGCGAUCCUGCUGCCUACGUACGCCGGAACGAGCUUGCCACCGAAGCUGCCUUCGAUCGGGAUUUCAAUUUCAUCACGAGCGUUGAGAGAGGCUUGGAACGUGCGGAGCGGGAUGCGGAAAACCGGGGAAUUCCCCUUGACUGCGAAAUAAAGACCGACGAGGCAGAUACGGGUAUGAAGAGAAAGCGACCCAAUAAUUGGCUGGUCAAGGGCGAGGCUGGCUUCCUCCGGGGAGCAAAGACCGCAGGGGUUAGAGUCGUUAGAGCGCCGAGGGGGAUGACGAGGAACAAGGAAAAUACGUCCAAAUGGAAUCCAAAACACAAGUGUUUGGCCUGGGCAGUGGAGUGGAUUGAUUCUCAAGGCGGCAAAAUGAUCCGAAAUUCGAUCGAGACAAGUAGCAUUGCGGAAGCUUAUGAUCGCGCUAAUCCUCGACCGCGGGAGGAGAGAAUCACUCUUGGCCAGAAGCUACAACAGGGACCUAAGGAUACAAAGCCAGAAGACCCCCAACUUCCUGAACAGACUACGUCAAAUUCUGCCACGUCGCUUCCAAAUGGUAAAGAUCCAUCUGAGACGCCCUCAAGGACAGAGGAAGCGCAUUUGAACGAAAAUGGCAAUUCGACGACAUCCAUAUCUCCUGAUGCUGAAAGAGGGCAGGCCAGUAUCGACGGUCUAACCAUGGAUAAUGCAACAGCAGUCGUCAGUCCACAUCGUGGUGUCUAUUUCUAUCUUCACAGGCCUCAGACUUCUACAAAACAGCCUGUUGUUGUCCCUCUACCGCCGAAUAUGAGUCUCACUGCUGCACUUCGAAACCGAACCGUUCUCGAGUUUCCUACCAUUUACGUAUUACCCGACUCCCCAGGAACAUUACUUGCAGAGAAAGAAACCCCAAAUUUUAUAUUAGAAGAGAAAUAUCUGGGUUCAGGUAUUGCUGGCGAAGAGUUUAUACCUGGACAGACAGCGAAUGGUGCGGGAACUACUGAACAAGACAGUCAUGGCGAUCAGGACAGGGAAUCCGAAAGCGGCCCUGAACAAGAUCCAAUAAACCUUGAGAAUGUUGACGAGAGGAAGAUUUUGGAAGUGCUGGAACAAGAUUUAUCCCAGAAUGCCGCAGCGGGGGACACGGCAUAGUGGGCUUCUGGCCUCAUUGAAGUGUAUAGUAUGAUUUUAUAGUACAAUAAUGCUUGACGUUCUCGUAUAUAGUCAUCCUUAGGUAGGAAUAAGGAUUCUUUAUCUAUCCGAA